AGCAACGACAAUGGAAGAACAUUGCACAGUGAUUUUAGAGAAAAUGUCACAAUUAAUCCUAGAAAAUAUGCCAAAGGCUGACUACUCCAGCUUAUUCAAUGAUUUUGUUGAAUCUGAGUUUUUCCUGAUUGACGGAGACUCCCUACUUGUCACAUGUGUAUGUGAGAAGUCACUUCAGCCAGGACAGAGUCUCCAUUUCUUCUACCUGGUUGAGCGCUACCUGAUGGAUAUUAUUAGCAAAGGAGGACAGUUUGCCAUAGUUUUCUUCAAGGAUGCUGAAUAUGCGUACUUCAAUGUCCCUGAACUUCUCACCCUGAGAACUGCUUUAAUUCUGCACCUUCAGAAGAAUACCACCGUGGAUGUUUGGACUGACUAUUCUAGAUGCUUGUCAGAAGAGUGGAAUAAUGUCUUGGGUCAGAGUUGCCCAUAUUUCUUGAUUAUUGCUGACGAAGGCUUGAACAACAAGCAGACACACCUUUUCAACUUCAUAGUCAUUCAGUCUUGGGCAGUGAAGGUCAACAUCGUGCUCUUUUCAGGGCAGAGAUCUGACAUCCUCCGUCUUUAUGCAUAUUUUAUGCAAAGCUCACAUUCAAAGCAGAUGUUUUUCAAGAUGUUUAAGAAGGAGAUUAUGAUUGCUUAUAAAACCCUGAUUCGACAGUUGGAAAAAUAUAGAGACCGGGAUUUAACAACUCUGUUUGGAGAUUUAAAAUUCAAUAAUAUGGUGGAAAAGGCUUGUGAGACUCUAUCUCUGCUUAAGCAGCUCUGGCCAGAAGGAUCUGACAUCCGACGAGUCCUCUCUGUCACUUCGUGCUCCCUCUCCUUGGAAAUGUACCACCGUUUUUUAGAAAACAGAGAGAAGAAAGCAUCCAAGCAGACGGGCGAAGGCAAACAGGUGUAG